AUGUUUGGAAGAUUCCAAACCAUUGUCAAUGGGCUUAGGAAUCUUGAUCGCAAGUAUGUUGAUCAAAUCACAAAGAUUCUAAGAUGCCUUCCCAGAAGAUGGAGACCCAAGGUCACAACCAUUCAAGAAGCUAAAGAUCUCAGCACCUUGAGAUUGGAAGAUCUUCUGGGAUCCCUAAAGGUUCAUGAAAUAGAGGUAGCUCAUGACGAAGGUUUGAAGAAGCAAAAGAACAUUGCCUUCAAAGCAAACAGUUCAAAGGUCAUCCAAACAAAAGAACAAUCUGAAGAAGAAGAAUCCUCAGAAGAAAUGUCAGACGAUGAACAAGCCCUCUUCAACAGAAAGUUCAAGCGUAUGUGGAUCAAACAACAGAAAGGAAAAGGUACUUCAAGGAAGGACAACAAAAGAGAUUCAAGCUUGAAGAAGAAACCGUUCACUCACAAAAGUGAAGGUGGCUCAAACUUGGACAAAAGCAACAUCACCUGCUUCGAGUGCAAGAAGCCAGGACACAUCAAGCCUGACUGUCCAAAACUUGCAAAGAAAUCAGGCAAGAAGCCCUUCUACAAGAAAAAGAAAGCACUAGCUGUUGGAUGGGAUGAAUCCGAGAACGGUUCAGAAGAUGAAGAUGAAGACGAAGAUGAAGAUGCACUCUUUGCUCUUAUGGCUUCUGCAGAAAGCUCGGAGGAUGAAGAUGAUGAUGAGGUAAAACCCGAAAACCUUAAAGAAGAAUUCAACGAAUUACUUGAGCAUUCAUAUACUCUAUCUGAAAAAUACAAAGCUUUGAAGAAACAGUUUGCUAAAUUACAACUUGAGCAUGAAAAAGUUUUAAUAGAAAAGAAUCAUGCACUUAAGAAGAAUAUUGCUUUGAAAGAACAAGACUCUGUUAAGGAAGUGACUUCUCUUAAGAAAAGAGUUAAAGUACUAAUAGAUGAUCUAUCCACAUUCACUAUAGGACAUGAUAAUCUAGUUAAACUUUGUGGAAAUAAUCGUGAACUGUAUGAUAAAAGUGGACUAGGAUUUGAUAGUGAAUAA